GAGCAGUGCCCCGGCGCCCGCCGCGCCCCCGCCUCGUGCCCGUCCGGCGCGUGAGGCGGCCGCCCCGCCGCGCCCCCGCUGAGUCCCCGCUCGCGCGCGGCCCGGGGCAGGCAGGCAGGCAGGUCGCAGGUACGGCGGGCGGCGCCAUGGGAUUACCUGCCCUGGAGUUCAGCGACUGCUGCCUGGACAGCCCGCAGUUCCGAGACACGCUCAAGUCCCAUGAGGCCGAGCUGGACAAGACCAACAAGUUCAUCAAGGAGCUGCUCAAGGACGGGAAGACGCUCAUUGCGGCGCUCAAGAAUCUGUCUUCGGCAAAACGGAAGUUCGCAGAGUCCCUAAAUGAGUUUAAAUUCCGAUGUAUAGGAGAUGCAGAAACUGAUGAUGAAAUCUGUAUAGCAAAGUCCCUGCAAGAAUUUGCUGCGGUUCUCCGGAAUCUAGAAGACGAGCGAAUGCGCAUGAUUGAGAAUGCCAGCGAGGUGUUGAUCACACCACUGGAGAAAUUCCGUAAGGAGCAAAUUGGUGCUGCUAAGGAGGCCAAGAAGAAGUAUGACAAAGAGACUGAGAAGUAUUGUGGUGUGUUAGAAAAGCACUUAAACUUGUCUUCAAAGAAGAAAGAAUCUCAACUGCAAGAGGCAGACAGCCAGGUGGACCUCGUUCGACAGCAUUUUUAUGAAGUCUCCCUUGAGUAUGUGUUCAAGGUCCAAGAAGUCCAAGAGAGGAAGAUGUUUGAGUUUGUGGAACCUUUGCUGGCAUUCCUUCAGGGCCUGUUCACAUUCUACCAUCAUGGCUAUGAACUUGCAAAGGACUUCAGUGACUUCAAGACUGAGCUGACAAUCAGUAUCCAGAAUACAAGAAAUCGUUUUGAAGGCACCAGGUCGGAGGUUGAAUCCUUGAUGAAGAAGAUGAAGGAGAAUCCUCAUGAGCACAAAAAUAUCAGCCCUUAUACAAUGGAGGGUUAUCUUUAUGUCCAGGAGAAACGUCACUUCGGGACCUCCUGGGUGAAGCACUACUGCACAUAUCAGAGGGAAUCUAAGCGAAUAACUAUGGUACCAUUUGACCAGAAAUCAGGAGGAAAAGGGGGAGAAGAUGAAGCAGUCAUCCUCAAAUCCUGCACGCGGCGCAAAACCGACUCAAUAGAGAAGAGAUUUUGCUUUGAUGUGGAAGCAGUAGAUCGGCCUGGUGUGAUCACCAUGCAGGCACUUUCUGAAGAGGACCGACGGCUUUGGAUGGAGGCUAUGGAUGGCCGAGAACCAGUCUACAACUUGAACAAAGACAGUCAGAGUGAAGGCACUGCUCAGUUGGAUAAUGUCGGCUUCAGCAUUAUCAGGAAAUGCAUACACGCUGUUGAAACAAGAGGGAUCAAUGAACAAGGGCUCUACCGAAUUGUUGGAGUGAAUUCCAGGGUGCAGAAGCUGUUGGGUAUAUUAAUGGAUCCCAAAAUGUCCUCUGAAACAGAUACAGAUAUCUGUGCAGAAUGGGAGAUAAAGACCAUCACCAGUGCACUGAAAACUUACUUGAGAAUGCUUCCUGGGCCUCUCAUGAUGUACCAGUUUCAAAGAAGCUUCAUCAAAGCAGCCAAACUGGAGAAUCAGGAAUCCAGAAUUGCAGAGAUCCACAGCCUUGUUCAUAGACUCCCAGAGAAAAAUAAACAGAUGCUGCAUUUGCUCAUGAACCACUUGGCCAAAGUCGCUAAUAACCACAAACAGAACCUAAUGACCGUUGCUAAUCUGGGUGUGGUAUUUGGACCAACACUCCUACGACCUCAAGAAGAAACAGUUGCAGCAAUUAUGGACAUCAAAUUCCAGAAUAUAGUGAUUGAAAUUUUAAUAGAAAACCAUGAAAAGAUAUUUAACACUGUGCCAGAGACGGCACCGCCAAACUCGCAGCUGCUGUUAUCUCGUAAGAAGAGCACAGAUUCGAAGCCUCCCUCCUGCAGCGAGAGACCCUUAACGCUCUUCCACACCGCCCAGGCCAAUGAGAAGCAGGAGAAAAGGAACAGUAUCAUCAACUCCAGCCUAGAAUCUGUCAUAUCUUCAAAUGUAAACAGCUUCCUCCUCUCCAACAGUGCUCCCCAACCCAACCUGAACUCAAGUGACCCUGACCUAGAAAUAAUUAAACCUAACAGGCCAAACUCACUCCCUCAGAAUCCAAGCCCAACGUCACCCCUCUCACCGUCCUGGCCCUUGUUCUCUGCGCCAUCAAGUCCUAUGCCCACCUCCUCUACGUCCAGCGACUCAUCCCCCAUCAGCUCGCCAUUCCGGAAAGCCAGAGCCUUGUAUGCUUGCAAAGCAGAACACGACUCAGAGCUCUCCUUCAAAGCAGGCACCAUAUUCGAUAACGUUCAUCCAUCUCAGGAGCCUGGCUGGUUGGAAGGAACCCUGAACGGGAAGACAGGACUAAUCCCUGAAAACUACGUGGAGUUCCUAUAACUUUGGGCACAUAAGCAACACUGCUGAGCUUUACAUGGUAUCCAUGACAACUGCUGAUUAGAGUGUUGUAGAUCAUUUGCUCUUUGCCACUGUGCAAUGCAAGGUGAAAGACUCGCAAAUACCUAUUGAAAUGAAUGUUUAUAUGAAUAAUAAUGUACACAUCUCCUUCGGUGAUCCAUUGUGGUGCAUGCAAAGGCACUGCAGAAGAGGUGGUCAGAAGCUUCUGGGGAGAUCAUUCAACUCUUUCAACUUCUUGCACAAAUCCUGUGAUUCUUGUGACUUGUUCUGUCACAGUUUUUGAGCCUUUAGGUUAAUGAAAAGGUAAGGCAAAAUACGACAUCUGAAAAGGAACUUAAAUACCCAUUGCAGGGCCAGUCCUACAAACCCUUUUCUAGCAGGAGUGGCCCCAUGGACUUCAGUAUUAAUUUAAUUGGGGACUGCCUACGUAAUUAGUACAAAUUAUGGGGGUACAAGAUUGGACCCUAAGUCACCACCUUAUGUCAGGGGAAGGAGAUAAUAUGGAGCAGAGGCCAUCGCCUUUGCUUGCUCACAAAGUCUUCCGUGUUGUUAAAUCAGCCAAGCCUCAUUUUGUAUGUGCGAACAGGAAAGCAAUCUCUCUUUCAUUUAGCUGUGGCAGGAGAGAGGUUAAGGGACUGUCUAUGUACGUCAGACCUCUGUUUCUGCAGCAGCAGUUUGCGUGACACUCAGCCAUCCUUUACAGGAUUCUGUCCCAAAUUCAACGCACGGACAGCGGCAGUACCCUGAUAACAACAGCUACCCAACGUGCUCCAAAACGGAGAACAUCAUUUUAAAAUGCCAUUAAAACAAGGGGGGGGGGGGGCGGGAAAGGGUUGAAUGAUCUCUGGAGAGUGAGCACAAUAACAGCUGUGAAUCAUCAGAUCUCUUGUGGACAUCAGCACAAACAGACGAGAGAAUAUUUUGGACCAAAUCUCUCAACUUUUUUAGAUUUAUGCAGGGUAAACAUCUGUGAUCUGUGCAACCGGCAUUUCCUUCCUGGAGGGCAAGAUGCAGCUCCUGAUAAAUACCACUUCUUUUGUGUGACUUGCUGUUUCGCAUCAUCACUUACCAGCGCUCACUGGAAAAAAAGGACCCAAGUUUACUGAAUGCCCAGGCCGCUCUUAUGUAAUUUUCGAGUUACAUUUGCCACUCACUUACAUAGCUUUAUAGAUGACCUUUUUGCUUGCAGCCUGGUGUAUAGUCUGUCUAUGCCAAGUCUGUGCAGUGCUGAUUAUGCAAGGUAAAUUCCUUUGUACCCACAUAAGCAUUUGUUGUUCAUGUAGCCAGCUUAAGUUGAAAGAAAACAAAGGAUUAGUUUUUCUGAUAUUUUCCCCCUUUCAUUACAAAGUUCUGAAGCUUUGCUGCCUCUCCUCUCCAUUACUUGUUCUGGGAUAAAUUGUUUUGCAUAGUCCUUAACUCAGCUCCAAAUUACUUAAAAAAGAAGAAGAAAACUGUAUGAUUGCAAAGCCAAACUUUACAGAUAUCAUGUCAAGUACUAAAGUGCUUACAUUUUGUACUAGAAAAUAAUGAAAGAAAAUGUGGUGUCUUGGCAGAAAGAAUUGUCUAGCCAUCAUAUUAUCGCACACAAGUGGGAUUUAUGGGAUGAACUUGUUUUCUUUCUUUUCUAAUUUUUUUUAAUUAUUUUUAAAGAGGCUGAGUGGUUGAUUCAGUGUAAGUGUCAUUGUUUAUUUUUUUGCAAAAAUAUUAACAUGUAAAUAGGAUAACAUGAAAUAUUGCAAGGGAAAGUUCUAUAUUUGAUAUUUUUAGCAGAGCUGUAAUGAGUUAGGUGUUCAAAGGACAUUUGAAACCAGUUUAAAGGGAAAGUCACACAGACUGACACAUGCAAACUUUUAAACUAGUUGACCUUUUCCUCCCUCCCUCCUUCCCUCCGUUCUGUCACUGACCCUGCCAGACAGCUGGAUCGAGCGUUUGCUCACUUCUUAUUUUCAUAUACGUUAAUUAUACUUCCUGGACUUUUGUACUGGAAAAAAAAAGAGGAAGAAGUACUUUUUUCCCAAACUCUAAUGCUUACUGAGCUAGUAUUCAUCUUCCAAGGUAACAGACUUUUGGUGAGGGACACAGCUCUUUACUUUUUGCUUUUGUUUGAAGGGUCUUAUUAGAAAUUGUACUGCAAUUAAUUAUAUAAUUUGUUUUGAAAAGACAUGCUCGUCCCCUGCCAUCUUAAAUACACAGAUAUAUGCAUUUAUAAGUGCGCGCACACACACACUCAUGCCUUUUUGGAGUUUCAUUAAUGAAGUGGAACCAGCUAAGAGCCUUCCUUAUUUCCAGAUAGACAGAGAUAGGGGAAACCCCAAAUCUUAGCUUCCUGGCAACAAAAGGCUGAAGGCUGAGGGGGGAUCUAGUGGCCUGUUACAAACUAGUCAAGGGGGACCAGCAGGCAUUGGGGGAGUCCCUGUUCCCCCGAGCACUACCAGGAGUGACUAGAAAUAGCGGUCACAAGCUGGCAGAGGGUAGAUUUAGACUGGACAUCAGGAGGCACUACUUCACGGUCAGGGCGGCUAGGACCUGGAACCAACUUCCAAGAGAAGUGGUGCUGGCUCCUACCCUGGGGGUCUUUAAGAGGAGGUUAGACGAACACCUUGCUGGGGUCAUUUGACCCCAGUACUUUUUCCUGCCAUGGCAGGGGGUGGGACUUGAUCAUCUGCUCAAGUCCCUUCUGACCCUAUCAACUAUGAAACUAUGAAAAAUAAUUAAAAGGCUAGAAGUUAUUGAAGAUGAAUAACAGAAUGUCAAGGAUGAAAAACUUACUGCCUGAAGCCCACAAAGAGGAGAAAGGGGUAGAUUUGUGGCCUAGUUAGUCAAAAACACACUCUCACAAAGUUUCUGGCCAGAUCUAUUUUGUUUGAAAGUCACUUCAGUAAACUUGUCUCUCACCAUUCACUGAUUAACUUGUAGAUUCUUGACUCUCCCAGGUAGACUUUAGUGACAUACCUGUGAAUGACAUAAUGAGACACAUGGAUGUGGGGUGAAUUGGGGGAUCAUGCGGAGAUUGUUCCUACUAUGGACAGGAAUGAUGAAGAUGGGAAGGGCAUUUCUACAUGUGCUCUCAACAUGGCGUCAGGCACUUUUAAUUAAAAGCACCUGCGCGUCGUGUAUCAACAGCACAGUGCAUCCCCACGCUAAGAAAAUGGCAGCAGGGCGCUUUGAACUAAAGCAUAUCAAAUAUAUUUUAUUUGAGAGCACAUCGCCAUUUUCUCCACGCGGAGACACGCUGUGCUACUGAUACACAUGACACACAAGGCUGCCAGAGUGCAUCAAUUUACGUGCUCCAGCAGAUGUGAUUAAUUGAGUCUGCUUCCACACCCUGGAUUUUUUUAUUUUAAAAGCAGAGCAGGCUCCCUGCAUAUAAGUGCCCAAAAGGUAUCUGACUGCCUCCUCUGUUCUGCUCUACUUUCUGGCUUGCAGAAUAAUCAAAUGCUCAGGAUUGAAUAGUUUGGAGGAAGUUCUUAAUGGGGUAGAGAAGAGGGUGUUUCCCCAUUGCACCACUCUAAGUUCACCCUUUAAAGUUCACAACAGCAGAGUCUCCCUAUGCCUGAAGAACGGUACUUGUGUGAUAAAAGGUAUCGCAUCGACCCAAAGAAUCUUGUCUGCUUUAAGUUCACCCUGGCAUUUUAGUACCUGACACGUUUUAGCAUUUGUUGGGCUAUAUGAAACAGUUUGCUUGGUCUGCAUCCAUGUUCCCAUGGACCAGUGUCCCACAGGUGUCACCAUGACAAUGAGCCCUUACUAACCCUUAUGUUGACAGUGUCGACAAUGAAAUCCAAAGAUUUGACUAAGCAAUGGAAAGGGAUCUAACCUCUCAGGUCAAAGGCGGGACUCCCCCUGAGGAGGGCGGUGAAAUUUUUACUGUCAUUGUCUGCUGAACUUGCUCCAUGGAUGGAGAGAGGGCAUCAUCCUCUCUGCCCAUCAGCCUGACGUGUUUGUUAUUUUGUCCCCUGUACACAAUCAGUGUUUGAGUUUUGUGGUCUGUGCUUCAUGUUGGAGGGGUGAGUCUUUUCUUUCUUGUGUGGGUCCAACCCACCAACUAGGAUCAUGAGAGAAAGGCUGGCAUGUUCAUCCACAUUACUUUAACUUGAAAAUAUUAGAAGGUUUUUAAAAUGCAAAAUGAGAAUCCAGCCACUUCCCCGGACAGUCUUCAGAAAAGUGUUGUUCCAAUGACACGUGAUUUUAAAAGCAAACAGAUUCUUUGUAACCUCCUUUUGAGAUCAGUUCUUUUAAUGAGCCUGUUCAGAGAUCUCAUUAAAGGGCAUUGGUGUCGUGUGACUGAAACAUUAAGGAACUGUUUUUUAAAAAUAUACCCGUUUGUGCAGAACUGGAUUCAGCAAGCCCUCAAAAGGCACAUUCGUUUUUCUUGUUUGAUACGUGUGCAUAAGUCAAAGUGGUCACUGAUAUUUGUGGUAGUUAGACUAAGAGUAUGCUUACCCUCCUCACUGCUAAGACAAAAGAAGAUUUGCAGGAUAAAUUAACCUGAUGAUUAGACUAUUUCCAGGACCUGAAAAGUCCUGGAGAAGAAACCUAGCCAACUGGCCUAUCAUGACUGGCAGAUUCUGUGUAUUUCCCUACAUCCAUAUGACACUCCUUGGAGUUGAAGGGUCUGUGCAAUUUCAGAAUGGGACUUAUCUCUGGCAACAUAUUUUUGUUUUAGCUUUUGAAGGAAAACUGUGUUGCAAGAGAAUGGAUAAUCUCAUGUGGCAGGUCUAGUCCUGCAGUGGGGUGGGUUGUGUGCUCCCAACAGCCAGCUAGUGUGCACCAUCCCCCUGCUUCCUAGCUCCUCUGAUCUGCCACCUUCUGUCUUGCCUGCCAUGCCUUGAUGGAAUCAAUUAAGCAGGAAGCAUCUGAAGGCUUAGAGAGAGUGGGAGUUUCUUUGGGCCACUUGGCUUCCCCCUUUUUGCACUUGUCCAGGCCCUGAUUCUUUCAGCCAGGGCCUGAUUUGUUGUAGCUCUCCCCAUCAGCCCUGGGCCUACUCAGUCUGGCCUCAGAUCUCUGAUAGCAGCAGCACAGCUGGGGAUUAGACUCCAAGUAGGGCUCUGGCCCUCCUGGUUCUGCCUGCCUGAAAGGGGUUAAAACCCCUCUUUCUCUCUCUCAGGCUGUGACCCCUUGCUUUCAAGGUGUGACAACAUGCAGGGCACUUUAAGGCACCUGCACAGUGACCUCCUCCUCCCUUCACAGUUGCUUUCAGUCCUCCAGUCUCCCAUUACAAAACAAAGAGGAAAAAUCCAAGCUGAAGGUUCCUCUCUUGCUUUGGGGCAGUGAACACAGUCUAUACUCCUGGCUUUACCCCACAAGCCUGCUGCUUAAACCACCCAGAAACAAAAAGGGAAAACAGCAAUGAAACUCACUGCUCUUCUGGGGCUAUUCACAGUGUUCAUUCAGGCCUUCUCCCCUGCCAGCACAAACCAUCCUGCCCUCUCCAUGAUCAGGGGUCCACUGCCCCUGCAACCUGAGGGCAAGCCUAUUUAGGGUGAGGGUUCCCUGUUCCAGUAAUUACAGACAUGUAAUCUAAUUACAUGAGUAGGCUUCCCGUUCCAGAGCCACUCAUUCACAACUACCUUUGGGUAACUGCAUGUCCCUUCAUGUGCGAUAGAGAAAGCUACUACCCUCUGUAACUUUAAAAAUCUGGGUAUCAGUGGUAUUUCCAAAAGUGACUGGCCCGAAGGGCAUGUCUACACUGAUAUUUAACCACCUGUCUGCCCAAACCAAUCUGUAAACCCCCACUCUCAGCCCCUGAAGAUAGUCCAGCCUGGCCCCCAGCAGCCCUGGUGAACUUCAGGGUAUGAAGUCGCACCCACUCCCUGUCUCCGUCCUCUCUCUCUGCAGCAUGGUUAAAGCUUAGCACAAUGCAGACCUAGGGCACAGGAAGUCCACAAAUAGAAAUCCCACAAUUUCCUUUUGCUGACUUCCCGCCCUUCUGCAGCCCACCUCCUGUCUCAACUGCACAUCACUAGAGCUAAGGCUGGAAAGAGAGAAAAGUUGUCCACAGUCAACUGAUUUCAAAAAGGGCUACAUUUGAGGAACAAGCACAAUGUGGACAGAUCUGAUGUGGGCUAAAAGGGAGGAUAAAGAUGGGGAAGGAUAGCUCACUUGGCCUGAACUGGUUAGAAGCAAAUUUUAGGGUUGGCUUGAAAAAUCUGCAUAGGCAUACUCUUAGGCACCUACAUUUUCUUGCCUUUAAGUGAGAAAAUGCUAAUAUCUGCACUCAAAUAUUUUGCCCCCAUAUUGGUGGUGAGGUGAAUUUAUCAUAUCUGUAUGCUGGCAGAAAGCCCAAUUGUAGAUGCAGUUAUAACAGCAGAAAUGUGCUUCUGCUAGUACUGCUUAAUUCACUUACCAAAUUGGUGUAAGCUAUAUCAGCAAAUACACAUUUCUGCUGUAUAAGUAUACACUUGGGAAUAGCCAGUAUAGCAAUACCUGGAAAACUUGCAUAUAGUCCAUCCCUUAAGUUCCUAAGGUAUUUUUGAAAAUGGGACUUAGCCUUAUAAGUCACUGAGGUGCUUAUGAAAAUGGCACCCAUGCAUAACUGCAAAGAAAAGCACUUUAAUGGAAGUUGCUGUCCUGGAAGGAAAUGGCAGAUUUUUUUUUUAACUUAGACUAUUUGAUUUCUCUCUGUCUUCUCUGUUUUUAGUUGGUUCAGAAACUGGUUUAAUCUUUUUUUCCAUUUUCAAAAUUUUGCAUUACUUAACCCUCACCAAUAUAGUGUUGUUUUUUUUUAAACCAGAUCAGUGGUGCUCAAUCUUUUUGCCCAGUGGGUUGGAUGGCCAGUUUCCAGGGCACCGGGUAGGGGGAGGCGGAGGAAAGGAGGCAUGGCCCAGUCCCAGUCUGGCUGUGUGGAGGGAAAUGGUUGUGGCCUGCCCCUUAUUUGCCUGUGCAGGGGGGAUGGGUAUGGCCCAGCUCCAACCUGCUGCACGGGGCUUGGGAAUUUGGCAGCAGGAGAGGGUGACAGUGUUAAUUGCCUCUGCUUCCCCACCGCCAAAUUUCCUGACCUGUGGGGAGCCCCAUGGGCCAGAUGCCAUGACUCCUCAGGCUGGAUUUGGCCUGCUGGGCUGGUGGUUGAAUACCCCUGUACUAGACAGAUGUUGCAGAUAGUUACCACAACAUUAAACACGUUACUCAAAAGCCAUUGAGAAAGCAGUGACUUUCAGAGUCACUGGUAAGUAAAUUCUAUGCUUUAUUUAGUAGGAGUUUUACCAUUUUGGCAAAAACACAUAUUGUGAUAAUACCUGUUGAGACAAGAUCUAAGUCAGGUCCUAGCGUGAAACUCUGCUUCCUUUGAAGGCAAUGCCAAGCUUUUGUUGGGCUCUGGUUUCACCCCUAAUAUCUACUACAGCACAGAUAGUAUUUAGUAGGGUGAUAGACAGAAAGGCCUCAAAAUUACUUUGGUUUAUACUAAAUAAGUAAGGCUGGGAUUCUCCAAGCAGCCAAUGGACCUGAUCUUUGGAUCCAUUCAAGCCAGUAGGAUUUGGAUUGGGUAUUAAAUUUGGAUACGGAUUUCAUCGAGAUUUGAUUGAGAACAGGUCAUAAGGGAGUUAGGCAGCCAACUCUUCAUAAGGGAAGUCCAGAUACUGGGAUUUUAGGCUGUGAAAUGCCUUACUGUGUAGAGAGCCCUAUUCAAGUCACUGGCCCUAUUGGAGUAAGGUUCUGCUCAAUAUGAGAGACAAUCUGGUCCUAAAUAUUUAUCAAAGAUUUCAAAUAUUUAUCAAAGGCCCCCUCCGAUUCUCUUAAUUGCCUUGUUCUGUGGAAGUUUUGCUUGAAUUUUAAGGCAUAAAUAGCAGCCUAAGCUGUAACUGUUCACAGCAGUUUUCCUUUAAUAGCUUUGAGUCAUUGAGCCAUUAUAGCAAAAAAGAGUGGGGAAUAUUAAGAGAAGAUACAAAUAUUGAAGUACCAUAAAAAUACCAUUUAAAAAAACUUUAUUAAUAUUUAUAGCAAAUAUUUACAAUUUACUUUUAAUAACUUAUGAAAAAUGUUCCAUAAUGCCUUAGUUAUGAAUGUUUAACACAGAAUAUUGCGCAAAGCUGCUUAAAAGAAUUUCCUGCAAUAUGGAGAGUGUUAAAGCGAUGUGCAUAUUUAAUACAUUAUUGCAGAUUAUUUUCAAGCCUGUUGUAAAUGCUGCAUAAUGUAAUAAAUAUUAACAAAGCCCUUAAAAAUGGCUCUUCCAUGAAAAGUAUUAGCCCAUAAAUAAUUCACUGCUUUAAACUUCAGAUGUAAUAUAUCUGUGUAAAACUGCGUGAGACUGAGGUGUAACUUUUUACUGUAAGCACUACCAGCCAGAUGCAGAGGUGUUUCCAGGUCUGUAGCUCUGAAGGCAUCCCCUUUAGCAAACACGUUCUCUCUUGGUUUGAAUAACAAUAUGCAAGAAGUGGCAGGCAGCAUUAUUUUGUGUUUCCAUGCUGUCCUGCUCGGUGCUGCUGAGUUUAUUUAUUGGCAGAGAGAUGGACUAGAAACUGGCACUGGAAACUCCCCUUUGAGGUCCCCAUAGAAAGAACACUGUAAAAUAUGCUGCACUCUCUGUCUCAGGCACCAUCUACACAUUUCACUUACGGUUAAUGACUCCUUAAGUUGUUACCCAACUAUACAUUCAACCAGCCAAUGAUGUGAUAAUGCAAGCAAUAAAAUACAAAGUUAUUCCACAAAAAAUGUGUAAUAAAUGUCACUUGUUCUUAUCACACCAUUAAUUGCAUGUGUGGCCAGGUGCUUCCCUGUGGCUGGGAGCCCCAUCAUCUGAGGGUGCGCAACCCACUGCCAGUCCCCAGCUGAUGAGCCUCAUUCAUGGGGACAGUGCAGGAAACGCUGCUGCUGCUGCGAGUCCUGUCAGCUGCAGGACUUGCAGCAGUAGGGGCUGGUGCAGGGGGAGCCUGGGGUCAUGAUCCCGGGUUCCCCCUGCACUAGCUAUAAGGUGUGAUAGCGUCUGAUGCUGAAUCCCACAAUCAUGCCUCCUACCAUGCAUGUGCAUCAUGGCAGGAAGCGUGAUUGUAUGGCUUGCGUAUCAGAUCCUAUCAUGCCUUUACCUGAACGUGUAGAGGGGCCCUCGGUAGCUAAGUCAGCGUCUCCAUUGUGUUCCACAGAACUACUUGGCUCAGAUGUAUGCUCUGUUACUUCUUAGAGAGCCAUAUUUAAAAUUCAGAAGGCAUUAAUGGUGAUAACCACAGUGGGGCAUGCUCAUCUCGGGUAAUCAGAGCACAAACUUUGAAGUGUCAUGCAAUGGCUAAGGCAUAUCAAACACCUGCUCCACUGCAUCUCUCGUGGUCUUAAAUUUUCUCAGCAAGGUUCGCAUACAAGGACCUUUUAACACAAGCAUGGUGACAUUUCCUCUCCCUCCACCCAGCUUUAUCAGCUGCAGGGCUCGCAGUGGGCCUUUCUUAAGAUGGGCCAGAUCUUGACAUCAUUAGGAGUUGCAGGUCUGCAUUGCCUCUUGGGAUCAAACCCUACCAUACGGUGCCUAGCUGUUAGUACCAUAGGACAGAGUAAGCCAUGUAACCCUCUCCCAAACUGCUCUUGCCUCCACGGGUUGUCAUAUUGAUUUCAGUCUCUGCUCUCUACUUUACUCUGGCCUGGAUUUUGAUCUAGAAUUUUCCAAUCAGAAAUCCUGAUUUUUAUUUUGUUUUCUUUAAUGGCAGCUUAAAAGAGGGGAAUGAAAGAUGAGAUAAAUAAUUAAAGAUAUGUAUGGCCUUAUAGCCAUUAUAUGCUUGGCAUAGUCAAAGGUUGAACUUUGUGUAAAGUUUGGGAGCAGAUUUUGGAGCACCAAUCCUAAUGAUUUUCAGUACGACAUGUACUUCUAGAUCCCUCAAGCACUUUUGAGAGUCUCUCCCUUUAUUUCUAGCUCAUGGGUGCUCAAGGAGUUAUGUACAAACCAAACGUGACCCAUUGCAUUCCAGUAAAGCAAACAGACUUACUUCAUAUAUAAUAAGAAAAUUACAGAGGAUGGUAAGUUGUACGUUGUCUUGACCCAAGAGGCAGGAUUAAGGUUAUGGGCAUUCCACAUAUUAGCAUAGGGUAAGCCAGGGUGUGAAUUUACAAUGUAAAUUCACUUUGCAGGAGCUAACUGUGGACACAUGUACUAGUCAGUAAAUGGAAGGUAGUCUGCCCUGCUUUGAUUGAGGCCUAAACUACCUUGCAUUUACCACACAGUAAAACAAUAUGCAAAGGCAGUUGCUCUGGAAUACAUGACAUGCAGUAAGUUCCCACCGUAGCUUGAGGUUACUUGUUUCAGUGUCCAGGACAUAAGCUGUAAGUACUGAAAGCAUGCUGGGUACAAUGCCUUUCUCACUACCAUUGAUUCUGACUGCCACGUAAAAAUCACCUAGUGAUCAGAGUUUGUCAGAGACCUGGAAAUCUUCCUUCUCAGAACUUCCCUUCUCUUUAGGAAAAGCCAUGAAUUUUAUAAAUGUGAAUCCAACAGGGGGCAUGGAAAUUACUUUUGCAACCCGUGCAGGUUCAUAGACAAUACGAUCCCUUUGAUUGAAUUCCUUUGGGAGUUUAAAAGUCCUAGAGAGAGGAUCUCAUUCUCUUUAAUUUUCUAUUAGAAGCUAUAGGCAUUAGCCACAAGGGUUCAAUUAGCAAUGAAAGCAUAUAAUUAUUUCAGUUAAGCAGCAAAAUGUUGAGAACUGCAAAUAUUGCCACAAAGGCUGAAGGAAAUAGCAUGCAGCUAGCUGAAGAAAACCUGGCUUUGUUGCAUCUUCAAUGCUUUGCCCUCUUAACACCAGGUCCUUUUCUCCAGCUGUGAUCUGCAUUACCUGAUGCUGUUCUCUACUGAGCCCCAACUCAAGCAUUACUUCCUAGUAGUGUAGGACAGUGACUGGCUCUCGGCCCAUUUGAAGAUAUCUGGAAGAAGUAUCCUUUAGCACAGUAAUGCGGGAGUGCAGCUAGUAAUAUGCCUUUGCUUGAAAAGCUUUGGAAUUGAUUACUUUACUUUUGGCAUGUGAAAAUCAAGAGGGUUCCUCCUUUUUUCUCCUUCUCCAUCCCCACCUUUACUUCCAAGCUAUAUUUACUUCAAAGCAGAAAUUUAGCCCCCGGCAAUUUUCAUGCAGAGCCUAUGAGGCCCACACAGCCAGUCAGAGGUAUAAGCCUUAUCCAAGCCCAGCCUGACACCGUACGGUCUCCCACUUGAAAGACCAUUGAAAACAUGCCCAUGUUUUAAGGCUUGAGUCAUUUUUAUAACUGAAGCUGCGGGAAAGGCAAAAAAGCCGUGCUCUGGCAAAGUCUUUACUUUCUUGCAAACUAAGCCUAAUGCUCUUCCCUUGCAUAUCCCCAGGCCAGAUCCUCUGUGUCCUUUUCCACCUUCAAGCAUUCACCAUCUUCCUAUAUUGAUAUCCCUGAAGACCUAUUCCUCUGGGUUCAGGAAAGACGUGAUGGGUAAUCAUUCAAAGUUUGGCAUUGUCGCUUUUUAAUCAACAAGAGGGAAUCACAGCUGAGUGCCACAUAAACCAUCCAAUUUUCAUACCGGAUGGUAUCAUUCCUGGUCCAUGCAGCAAAGAUCAUGGAAUCAAACCCUAAUUGAUGUUUCUUAUCACUGCAUUUUGGAUGUAAUCUUGAUUGGUGUUUGAAAUAACACAAAACUCCUGAUUCCAAGGCCUUCUGUGUGAUUGUGCAUAGUAAAUCAUGUUCAGCCUGGAAUAGCACUUUGGUAAUAAAAUAUACAGUCCAGAAGAA